GCCGAAAAGUAAGACAGUAAGGAAGAGCGAAUUAUUGACAAAUUAGUUUUUGGUUUUGAUGACUUAAAAUAGCAAAAAGUUGUGAAUUUGAUAUAAUUAAAUUUAGAGUGCUGAACUCUCUUAGGAUUAAAAUUACUAAGCUUAUCAGGAUUAAUUUGGGGGAUUAUAGCAAUUGCGCUAUGAUUAUGUUCAACAUUAUAGUUCUCCUCUUCUACCACGUUAUCCCCUCAUCAUGCUACUCAAUCAACCCAUUAGCUCCACCAAACAACACAAACCGCUUAAUGACCCAACACAUAACCCUAAACUGUGACUUUUCGCCAUCCCAAGAUGGUCACAUCUGUACAGCAAGGAACCUCAACAUAACAUCCAGAAACAUCACAAUCAUUAGAGUAUCUGGAGAGUACUUUAAUGGUGUUGGCAAUGGAAAUGUCAUGAACUUGAUCGUCACACAACAAAAUCUCCGUUACAUCCCUGAAGGCAUCUCCAACUUCUUUAAAAAUCUCGAAAUUCUGACAAUUUCUCGAUCAAAUUUGAUGGCUUUAAGGUUCACUGACUUUUUAGGACUCCAAAAACUUCGAAAAAUCUUCAUUGUUGGGAACCACAUCAGUUCCAUUGAUGACCAAACUUUCAAGUCAAUCCCAAACUUAGAAGUUCUUGACUUGUCAAGCAAUAAAAUCAAAUCGAUUCCAUUUGAAGCAUUUUCACUCGCACGACACCUCAAAAUUCUCACAUUGUCAAAUAAUUUGAUAAGAAUCUUUGACAUUUUGCCAUUUCCUGUCAGCAGUGAAUUGAGGGAAUUGCGACUUAAUGGAAAUCAAUUAGUGAGAAUAAAUGUGGCGUCAAUUCAGCACACAAAAAUGUUGGAAUUUAUGGAUUUGAGUGAGAAUUUGUGCAUCGAUUUGAGGUAUCCGGAUGAUUUUGGUGAUAUUGUUGGAAUGUAUACGCAUAUUGUUAAGUAUUGCAAUGAUGAUACUGGAGUUGAUGGAAGUGGAGGUUGAUAUAUUGUUGACUAUUAAGUUUUGGCAGUUGAAAUUGUUGAAUUUUAAUUUUUUUAAUAAAUUUUUUUUGGACAAAA